GCAAAUAUAUCUUCUAUUCAUAUACUUCUUCUAUUAUUCUCUUGCAUCAAUAGUCAAUUGCACAGUCUUCUUCAGCCUGCGCUGCGAGAGAUCCGCGCCGCACCUCCAACGACGAACCAAAACCGAUAUCGACCUCGUCCCCAAACACCUCCCCAACCUCCAUCUCCACCUCCACCUCCCUCGCCUGCUCCUCCUCCUCCUCCACACAAGUAAAAGGCGAUGGGCCCCCUGCCGACAGCGAACCAGUCCACGGACUCGCUCGAUGCGCUCUCGUACCUCUCGCCCGCGCGCAUCCGCGCCUUUCUCUGCCCGGCCGGUCCUAUAUCUCGUGCUCGCUUCGUCGAGUUCGUCGCGCAGCUGCAGUCCACGGCCGUCAUCAGACUCGGCGAUGUCACGCCUGAUCCGCGGCCUGAGCGAGUGAUGUUUAGUCCUCAGGGGUUUCCGAGCGGGAUGCUGGUCUACAACUUUGCAACCACAAUCGAUCAGCAUCAUUCGGCUCUUGAAGAUCUCGAGCUGUUUCGAAGGACGCUUGCUGUAUUCGGCCUCGUCGACUACAAAAACCUCACCGACAUAUCCGAAAUCGACGGCGUAGUCGCGCAAUUACAAGAACAAUCCCCCCAGGCCAUCAUCCACAAAGUCAUCCUCUUCGACUGCCCGCUCGAACCCAACGAACUGCCGUCUCCAGACUACAUCUGUCUCCCUCCCCGACGCGCAUCAAGGGUAACCUCCAUCCGCACCGUCAUCUGCGACUUGACUUCCGCUUUGCUCGCCGAGCUGCCGCUUCUUGCCCAGGCGUAUCAGACUGCGGAUACGAUCGCGUCGCCGCUGGCUCGGGACGAUGACUACGAUUCCGUUAUCCUCAAUUCCUCUUCCUCUUCCACACCCCCGCCGGUCGGCGUUCGGUCUUCGCCUCAUAAUUCCAGCGGCAACCUGAGCAUAUCCUACAGUCGUGACAAAGACAAGCAGCUUUCAUACCCACUUUCCCAUCACACCGAGCGGCAGCGCAUGCGAAGAAAAGGCAGAUCAAUGAAGAUGAUUGCAAACAUGUACCUCCUAGCCGGGCGCACGACCGACGCGCUAAAAGAAUACGUCGAAGCCCUCGCCGUGCUCAAAGGCGUCAACGACCAUCUCUGGCACGCGACCUGUAUUGAAGGAAUAGGAAUGUGCAUGAUCAUGCUCGCCUUCCUCAACAUGCCGUUCACGAUCCCAUCCGUCAUCCUCCCUCCGAUCCCGAACGCCGAGAAACGAGACCAAAAGCCCGAGCCGCCGCACCUGCUCGACCUCAUCCCGCAAAUGUCAAACACCGUCCUCUCGCUCUACAACCGCUCGCAAAACUUCCCGGGCGAAAGCGUGCCCCAGCUCACCUACGUCGAAACAAUCCUCCGCACCGUCAACUUACUCACAUGCACCUGUCUCGCCGGCGGCUGGAACGAGACCGCGCGCGCCGCAAUCGUGCUCUCGCGCCCGAUCCCCUACGUCCAGCUCAGCCACUCACAGGUCUACGCUUUGAAAAUGGGAAUCCUCGAAUGGAUUUCCUCCGCGCAGGCAGUCAGGCUAGACGGCGUCGACGCCGUCGACGCGAGCAAGAUCUUGACCGGCAUCGCGUCCGCGUGCGGCAAGCUCGGGUUCUAUCGCAAACGCGGCUUUGUCCUCCGCCAGCUCGUGACCGAGCUGAUCCCCAGGAUCGUGCAGGCGCGGGUGAUUACGCGGAAUAUCCGCGCGCAGACGCCGAGACUGGACGGCGGAGGGGACGAGGACGAGUACUACGACGACUACGAUGCCGCGGCCGAGUUGCGCGAUGCGGGGAUUAGGGCCGGAAUUCCGAAUUCUGGGAUCCUGACUUUGCUCAAUGAUAUCUGUCAGGUGUACGGAGCACCUGUUGAUGCGACUGAUAGUAUCUCGACCUUUGGGUGGCAGGAAACCAAGACGUCGAUAUUGAAGAUGUGUAUCGAGCUUUGUAAAGUCCUGCCGGACCACGUCGGCACAGUCAAGUAUACCACUCUUCUUUUACGAACGGCCGCCGGCGAACUCUCUAUCGACGAGCAAUUAUCAAUGGUGCGCAGUAUGCGCGAGGCCUACACGACCGCCUUAACCAUGGGCCUCGAGGGUUUUGAGGAGGAGUACUGGGACCCGUACCUAGUACGCGACAUUGGUGUCGUCGACUCGUCUCUGUGGGCGGUGCCGACGAGGGUCGAGAUUGGAAAGAAAGCGAGCGAUGAUGUAAAGGGGCCAUUCAUAUAUAAUCCGUUUUCGAAAAAGAAGGACGCUGAGGUGGAGAAGAGGCAUUUAUUUGUGCAAGAUGAGCCGGUGGAGUUUCGAGUACUCUUGCAGAAUCCUUUCUCGUUUGAGCUUGAUAUUAAAGCGAUUUCAUUAGUUGGAGAAGGCGCAUCAUUCUCAUCCGACGUUGUUUCAGUCAUCGUGCCCCCGCGAAAGAUCUAUCCGAUCUCAAUCUACCUCACUCCGACGUCGGUAGGUCUGUUAAGCAUCACCGGCUGCGUGGUGCAGGUAUACGGCUGCAAAGAAACAACUCUCGCGAUAACCCCUCAAGUAUCCGCGGUCGCCCCGCCAGUGCGCGUCAAGAAAUUCGGUCUCGACGCCCGCGCGUAUUCGACCGUGCCCAUCAUCCGCGACGAGGCACGCACGCGGAUAGCGGUGGAUGUGGUUCCCCCGCUGCCAAUCAUACACGUCAACCGGAUCUCGCUCCCCCAGAGCAGUCUGAUGCUGCUCGAAGGCGAGCGGCGGCGGUUCUUUGUCUCACUCGCGAACGUGUCUGAUCGGGUGUCGGCCACGAACUUGAAGGUUGCGUUUGCGGACUCGACGACGGAGUCGCUUACGAACGCGCUGAAUCAGGGGACGCGGAGCGAAUCGGAUCGGUACGAGAUCGAGGUGUUUUUGAUGCAGCGGGAUGUAUUCAGGUGCGUGACGAAGCUGGACGGGGUUGAGAUUCUGCCAAACGGAGAGUUGGAGAUCGAGGUUGAAGUGCUUGGAAAACGAGGACUUACCACGGGAUCGAUUGAUAUCUCGUACACGCACAUGGACGAGGAGACGGGAGCAGAAGCAGGCCAUGUGUACGUCCGGAACCUGUCUGUCGAUCUCAAGUUGACCGUCAACGCGAGCGUGGAGGUCGCCGGCUGCGACUUUGUCCCGUUCAGUUUCAACAUGCCGACCGUGACAGCCGAGGACGGCAAAAUCACUACCACAUCCCUGCUGAUCAAGUUUUUGGACUCGCUGGGACUGCCGUUUGAGAAAAUGGACGAUUACUGCCUGAUGCUGCUCGAUCUCCGCAACUCGUGGCCAAAGCCGCUGAGAGUGAAUCUGACGACGGCAGUGCAUGAGAACGAAGACAAGGUCGUCAGCGGCGUGAUCCAGCCCGGGAACGUCACCAGACUACUAAUCCCCGUCCGGCGAAUCAGAGAUAUCGACGCGAACGCGCCCGUGCCGUCGCUGAUGCCUCCAAAACAGUUUACAAGACCGAGCGAGGUCUCGCUGACGACGAGCGGUGCAAAGAACGGUGGCUGGUCACCGGACGUCGAGCGUGCGGUGUUUUGGCAUCGCGAGGAGUUGCUCAAGUUGUUGCGCGGGGAGUGGUAUGAGGAAGAGUUGGGUAAUGAUGGCGAGCCGGUGUAUAACACGCACGCGGGGACGAUCGAGUUGCGCGCGCUGCGGAUCACGCCGCAGAUGGUGGAUAUCAUCCAAGUGGACGAUAUCAUUGUCGACAUUCUACUCGACCCCGCGCCAGGCGUCACAAAAGUGGGCAGGAGACACUGGGUGAUCGAGCCCGACCUCUUUGUUUCGCUGACGACGUCCGUGACCGCCAGUUCGUCGCGCAUCGCGCCCACCUCCGGCGUUCUACGCAUUCAACCCACGAUCCGAAACCUCUCGCCCACCCUCUCGCUCGACGUCAACCGGCGCAUACUGUUCAACGGUAUCCUGCAGCAGCCGGUCGUGAACGUCGUGCCGGCCGAGACAAGGACGGUCGAGACGAAUUUCAUAGUGCUGGCGAGAGGAGAGUAUGAGUUUGUGGCGUCGUUUGAGGAAUUGGGCGAACAGGGACAGGGGAAGAGGUAUAUCGGACGGGACAAGGUUGUUAUUACGUGUCUUUAGUGUAUAUAUGUCCAUCUAGAAUGCAUCCGUCCAUCUUCAAGAUAUUAUAGAUAUCAC